CCUCAAAUCGGCCGCCGCUCCGCCCAAGCAAGCAAGCCCCCAGCCAAUUGCCGAGCUUGCUCCCAACACCGCCCUCGACGCAACAGAGCUUAGCCCUCGCCAGGUCAUACCUACACUACUCCCAUACACACACACACCCUCUGCUAGCUCUGCCGCCGCGCCUGUCCAUCUGACGCUCCCUCUCCCUUCCCCUUCAACAACGCCAUGAAGAACAUAAAGAGAGACUUUCACCGUCACGGUCGCGCUUCCAGUUGGCACCAGCAGCACAACAUGCCAGAGCCCGCCAAUGGCCGCUUCCACGAUGAGCACACCCCGCUCAUCGGUCGCACCCAAAAUUACGCAGACGAGUCGCGCGUCAAGACGCUGCCCAAGCACAUCAUCCACCUGAUCUACGCCACCCUCACCAGCAACUAUGUCAACGUCUUCCUCGUCUUUGUCCCGAUUGGCAUCAUCGCCGGCGCCUUGUCCUGGAAUCCUACUAUCGUCUUCAUCCUCAACUUCAUCGCCAUCAUCCCCCUUGCCGCCCUUCUCAGCUUUGCGACUGAAGAGCUCUCGGCCAAGCUGGGCCAGACCCUCGGUGGCUUGAUGAAUGCGACGUUUGGCAAUGCCGUCGAACUCAUUGUCUCGAUUGUUGCGCUCAAGCAGGGCGAAAUCAGAGUUGUCCAGGCCAGCAUGCUCGGCAGCAUUCUGUCCAACAUUCUUCUCGUGCUCGGAUGCUGCUUCCUCGCCGCUGGCAUCAGAGAGCGCGAAAGCCGCUUCAAUGAGACAGUCGCGUCCACCAUGUCCUCGCUCAUGGCCGUCGCCUCCGCCUCGCUCAUCAUCCCUGCCACUCUCUACGCCGUCAUGCACAGUGAUAGCAAGCAAACCAACGAUGCCACGGACCAGAACAUCCUCCUUCUCUCGCACGGCACCUCCAUCAUCCUGCUCAUCAUCUACAUCCUAUAUCUCUACUUCCAGCUCUACUCGCACCACAGCCUCUUUGCUGAUGUCGAGGCGCAGGAGGGCGGCGACUCAGAAGAAGAGGCCGAGAUCCUCUCUCCCACCGCCGCUGGUGUUGCGCUAGUCAUCGUCACCGUUCUUGUCGCCAUCUGCGCCGAGUACCUCGUGGACAGCAUCGACUCUAUUGUCGAAUCUGCACACAUUAGCAAGACUUUUGUCGGCUUGAUCCUCAUCCCCAUUGUCGGAAACGCCGCCGAACACGUCACAGCCGUCGUGGUCGCUUACAAGGGCAAGAUGGACCUCGCUAUCAACGUGGCCAUUGGAUCCUCGAUGCAAAUCGCCCUCUUUGUCACUCCUUUCCUCGUUAUCCUCGGCUGGAUCAUGCACCAGCCCAUGACCCUCCACUUCCAGGGCUUCGAGACCAUGAUCUUCUUCAUCUCCGUCUUGAUUGUCAACUACCUCAUUCAAGACGGCAAGAGCAACUACCUCGAGGGCGCCAUGUGCAUUGCCAUCUACGCCAUCAUCGCACUUGCCUUCUACAUCUACCCCGACGACGCGGCCGGCACCAUCACCGGCGAAGUUAUCAAGCGAUUUUUCGCUGUACACUAGACUCGAUGCGUCUCAAAAGCACAUUGAUGCAACGCGCCGCCUACAUGCGCUCUCGAGGCUUCUCGUGUGUAUAUUUGAUCUCUGCCCGAAUAACCGCCAUAUUCCAGCCAGGUCACCACGAUUACAGAGCACCGGGCGGCCUAUUUCCUUUGUCAUGUAUUUUUCCUUGUCAUUUGUCGGAAUAUUCCCAGGUCUACUAUGGUUCGUUAUGGUUUCCCCCUGCUUUUUUCCAUGCAUGACUAUCUGUGGGGCGGUGCAACGGGUCUUGGCGUUUUCUCUGCUUGUGGCAGUGCUACGGGAGUAAGCGAAGUGUGGCUGACGAGAUCAUCGGUCCGUGCGCGAUCGCCGGCCCGAGCAGCGCAAUGGUGCAUAACCUCCAUUACUGGGGUCAAAGUUUGUAUGAAUAUCGCGAGAAUAACAAAUAUUUCAAACAUG